UUCUAUAUAUAUUUCACCGUCAUUCGCCACGACUGCGUCACUCUAGUUCCCACCCCAUCCAUAAAACCCUCUCUCUCCUCCCGCCUCUCGCUCAGUCUCUUGCUGCUGCUUGUUACCAUAAAACCCUAACCUGUUCUCUCUCUCUCUCUCUCUCUCUCUCUCUCUAAUGGCUUCUGCAGCUGCUGUGACUACGGAACACGCCGAGAACGGGUCAGCCUACGCGCUGGGAUCUGACCCACAAACAGAGACAUCUGAUACUACCACCGCCACCGUGAACACGGAGGCGGGUGCAGAUGCUCCGGCGGCGGAGAAGAAGUGGCCGGGAUGGCCAGGGGACUGUGUGUUUCGGCUUAUUGUUCCGGUGCUCAAAGUCGGCAGCAUCAUCGGUCGCAAGGGCGAGCUCAUCAAGAAAAUGUGCGAGGAGACUCGCGCCCGCAUUCGCGUCCUUGAUGGCCCAGUUGGUUCUCCUGAUCGCGUUGUGUUAAUUUCUGGAAAAGAAGAACUUGAGGCACCAUUGUCCCCUGCAAUGGAUGCUGUAAUAAGAGUAUUCAAACGUGUCAGUGCAUUACCUGAGAGCGAGGGUGAUGGUAAAGCAGUUGGAGUUGCAUUUUCUUCAAUUCGGUUAUUGGUGGCGUCCAUGCAGGCCAUUAAUCUAAUUGGAAAGCAAGGCUCUUCAAUCAAGUCAAUACAAGAAAGCACUGGUGCUUCAGUGCGGGUUCUCGCAAAUGAUGAGGUGCCAUUUUAUGCCAACUCAGAUGAGAGGAUUGUGGAGUUGCAGGGAGAAGCUCCCAAGGUUCUUAAAGCUCUGGAAUCUGUGGUGGGGCACCUACGAAAGUUCUUGGUGGACCGUAGUGUUCUUCCCCUAUUUGAAAAGAGUUACAAUUCAACUGUCUCACAAGAACGCCAAGUAGACACCUGGGCUGACAAGUCAUUGCCGCAUGGUGCUUCAGAAAUUGCAUUUGGCACGGAUUAUCCUCUUUCAGCAAAGAGGGAGUCUCUAUUUUUUGACCGUGAAACCCAGCUGGAAACGCAUAUCCCUCCCUCUGGAAUUUCACUGUAUGGCCAAGAUCCUGGACUUUCAGGAAUACGUUCUGCAGGACGUGGUCGUGCUAGUGGUCCUAUUGUUACCCAGAUUGCGCAAACAAUGCAAAUACCACUUUCUUAUGCUGAGGACAUCAUAGGGAUUGGAGGGGCAAAUAUUGCAUACAUACGGCGUUCUAGUGGGGCCGUCCUGACUGUGCAAGAGAGUAGAGGACUACCAGAUGAGAUCACAGUGGAAAUUAAAGGGACAUCAUCUCAGGUUCAGACAGCUCAGCAACUUAUUCAGGAAUUCAUUAGCAGCCACAAAGAACCAGUUAGUAGCAGCUAUGGCAGGAUGGACAGUGGUUUGAGGUCUUCAUAUUCUCAGUUCGGUAGUUCUAACUACCAGGAAUCAUCAUUAUCAGCACAACCACCCUAUGGUGGUGGGUACGGAGGAGGAUAUAGUAGUUACAGUUACGGCCUCUGAAUUCUGCAACUUGGUUCAUUUGGAGUUCCGUCUUCCUGACAUUUAAUCCAAAUUCCUGUCAGAAGAAUGUAGUCUUUCUGUAAAGCUUCUUCUACAGAUGAUGAUGAUGAUGAUGAUGAUGAUGCUUCAUCCUUUUAAUUUUAUUUUACCUUUUUUUUU